AUGGCUACUCCGCACAACUAUUCCGUCGGUUGGAUCUGCGCGAUUGAACCUGAAUAUCUUGCUGCACAGCUUUGCUUCGAUGGAGAACCCGAGGCUCUACUACAUUCUCCGUCACCGAAUGACUCCAAUGCCUAUAGCCUAGGCACAAUAAACGGCCACAAGGUCGUUAUAGCCUGCUUGCCGCGGGGGUCGUACGGCACAACAUCGGCCGCUAUCGUCUCUGCCAACAUGCUACGGAGCUUUCCUAACAUAAAAGUUGGCCUGAUGGUAGGUCUUGGGGGAGGUGCUCCAACACCUGACGCGGAUAUCCGUCUUGGCGACAUCGUGGUCAGCACGCCUGGUGACGGUCAGCCCGGCGUGCUUCAGUAUGACUAUGGGAGGACGGUACAAGGGCAAGAGUUUGAACUAACCGGGGCCUUGAAUCGACCCCCGACAGCGCUACUGACGGCGGUGACGAACCUCAACACCGAGUUCCGCCGGAAACCCAAAGCCCUUGAGGAAGCCAUCACCGAUAUACUUGAGAAAUUGGAUAGGGAGCUUCGUGAAGACCUCACCCGACCAGAUGUUGGCACCGAUGUCCUGUACCAAGCCGGUUUCACUCACCCUGAAAUAUCCGACUGGGCAAACGACCCCGGAAGCGAGGCGAUAUUCUGGCUCAAUGGCAAGGCCGGUACAGGGAAGUCCACCAUCUCCCGUACCAUUGCCUUUUCUUUCGCUAAGGCUGGGGAGCUCGGCGCAAGCUUCUUCUUCAAGAGAGGUGAGGGGAGCGUUGGUAGCGCAAGUCACUUUUGCAGCACCAUUGCCUCCCAGCUGGCUUCCACAGCCCCCACCGCCGCCCACCAUAUCCGAGAUGCCAUCGACUCCGACCCCGAGAUCUGCCAAAGGCGAUAA